CCACGCUGCUUCUUCAACCUGGCCUGUCCUCCCCCACCUGCUUCUUUCUUCUUUCUGUCGCCUCGUCUCGUCCACGCGCUCGCUAUAAUAUGUCUCACUCCCCCCCGCCCAGCCAUGUCGCUUGCUGAAUCGCUGCCGUCGCCGGUUCUGCUUGUUCGCCGCAGGCCGUGAUCGAUACUAGCUGAUUCGAGGAGUGGGGAUACCAUCAUAUCAUCGGGCUGCAGUCGCUUGUCCGAUCCAUUCUACAGGUGGUCUGUUCGUUUCACGCAUUUGCCUUUUGAUAAACUUUUCUUUGUGCGUCAUUCCGCACGCAACUAGCGCGUCGAGUCGCAGUCGGGGCUAUUCUUUCGACCGUUUUAAUCUGUUGGUGGUGAUGGCGACCGAAGACGCCGCUGCUCCUGUCACGGAGCAGUCAAAGACGACCAAGAGCUGGUGGAAGAGAAGGUCUGGGGACAAUUCGUCCAGCGUGCCCCAGGCCACUACGAGUGAAAGCCCUUAUCGCCAGAAAUCCACUCUCGGCAUCCUAAGUGACAAGGAGACGGAUGAAGUCCCUGGGACCGUCCUUUUGCUAUCUGCGAACCGCAAUGAGCCCCUGGGUCUGCGACACCAAUCGCAUCGCGAAUCGUCCUCGUCCUUGCCGUCGCCGUACCCUCCGUCGCGAUCCCCCUCCCGCUCCCACCAGCCGGCGAAGAAGCGAACGGCAGAUGGCCAUAUUGUUUUGGUGCCCCAGCCGGAUGACUCCGUCAACGACCCGCUCAACUGGCCAGUUUGGCGACGGGAUGCUGCGUUGGUGUCGCUGGGCUUCUACUGUCUGAUGGGAGGCGGCAUGACUCCGAUCUUGGCUGCCGGGUUCAGCGACGUCGCCGCUGCAUACGAUGUGGAUACCCAGCAAGUCGCAUACACGACGGGCCUGUACAUGUUGGGUCUCGGGAUCGGGUCGGUGAUCAUGUCCCCAACGGCGAUUCUGUUUGGGAAACGGCCCGUCUAUCUUCUAGGCGCGACCCUCUUUAUCAUCUCCGCCGUCUGGUGUGCGUUAUCGCCCAACUAUCCCAGCCUGGUGGUUGCCCGCAUCUUCCAGGGCAUCGCGGUCAGCCCCGUCGAGUGCCUGCCCUCCGCGACCAUCGCAGAGAUCUACUUCCUGCACGAGCGGGCGUACCGCGUCGGCAUCUACACGCUGUUGCUUCUGGGUGGUAAAAAUCUGAUUCCUUUGGUGAGUGCCGCAAUUAUUGGCAGCCUGGGGUGGCGCUGGGUGUUCUGGAUUGUGGCCAUGGUGGUGGGGGCGUGCCUCAUCCUGCUGUUCUUCUUCGUCCCCGAGACGUUCUGGGACCGCACGCCUCGGCCGCGGGCGCACAAACGCCCUAGCUUCUACCGCAGCGUGUCGCACAUGGUAUCUCACGGAUUGCGGGGCCGGCCGCAUCAUGCGCAUCGUCUGGAGGAUUCUCCGCCGGACCAGGAUCCGGCGGAGGCGGAGCACAAGAAGUCCAAAAGGGGCCACGUUGGAUUUGUGGACGAGCCUGAUGAGCAUGAGCAUGAGCCCGAGACUAUCACUGAGAAGGCUGAGAGCGUGCACGAUCAGAACUAUGUGUCCCCUGCUAAUCCACCCGUGGAGCAUAGCACUGGGUCGCCAAGCGAGGACCAGGAGAAGUCCAACGAGCUCCUCCAUCCCCCAGAGCCUGCCACACAUUGUGUCGACCUCGAGGCUGCGCGACAGCCCGCGAUGUCUCCGACUCGCAGUGAGUCCCUGGAGCCCGGGGCCUCGAUCACACCAGCCGCACGGUACACCAACCGGCUCCGGGAGCAGCCGUCCAUGUCGUACAGCUAUUACCUCCGGCCGUGGAACGGUCGCAUCACCCAUGACAAAUGGCUCCGAGUGGCGGUGCGGCCGUUUAUUCUCUUUGCGUACCCCUCGGUGCUGUGGUCGACCGUGGUGUACGCCCUCUCGGUGGGCUGGCUCAUCGUGCUGUCGGAGUCGGUGGCUACGAUCUACGAGAAGCGCGACACCUACAACUUCACGGCCCUGCAGACUGGUCUCAUCUACAUCUCGCCGUUCCUGGGGGGACUGCUGGGGACAGCGGUGGCGGGCAAGGUGUCAGACGUCAUCGUGCAAUACAUGACGCGCCGCAACGGGGGCGUGUACGAGCCGGAGUUCCGGCUGGUGAUGGCGAUUCCGAUUGCGAUCACGACGACUAUCGGACUGAUGGGGUUCGGCUGGAGUGCGCAGGAGCGGGACGCCUGGAUUGUGCCGACGAUCUUCUUCGGGCUGAUAUCGUUUGGAUGCUGCCUGGGGAGUACGACCGCGAUCACGUUCUGCGUCGACAGCUACCGCCAGUAUGCGGGCGAGGCACUGGUCACACUGAACUGGAGUAAGAACGUAUUCCACGGAUUGAUCUUCUCGCUGUUCAUCGUCGACUGGCUAGACGCGGAGGGGUCCCGGAUGGUGUUCAUCGCGCUGGGGGUGAUCCAGCUGGGGUGCCUGCUGUUCACGAUUCCCAUGUAUAUGUACGGCAAACGGGCGCGGAUGUGGACCGUUCGCCGGGGCCUGAUGGAACGAUUUUAAGAAUCCGGCGGACGGGUCGAGUGUGUGGCGACCAGAGAGGCUUCCAUCGGACGGACCUCGGGAUGAUUGAUUGAUUGAUUUUGCCGUGUGUGGACUGUCGCCCAACGGCUAUCUGUACCUAUAAUCGAACGCACAUAAUUAGUCACAUAGUUAGUACUUAUCAUUUAUGACAUUCAUGAUUCAUCAUCA